AGCGGAGCGGAGCGGGAGCAGGGCCGGGGGGGCGCUGGGUGAGCGGGGACCCGCGGGCACAGAACAUCACCUGCUCGCAGCGGGCAGCCCGACGCCUUGUUUUGGGGAUCAGCGUCCCCUCGCUCCCACCCUGGGAUGCCCGGCCGGUGAUCGCGAGUUCAGCGCAGUCUCUCCAGCCUGAAGUUUAAGGAGAGCGCAGGAGUUCGCUGGGAGGUGAGAUGGAAGCCAAUUUAAAGCUGAACACAGAGGAUUCUCCGUGAGCGGCCGGUGGCAGCAUCUGUGAUGCAGUCUGGGUUUCAGUCACACACUCCACUGGAUAAAGGGUGCUAGCAGCAUGAUCUCAGAGAGGGAUUCAGAGACCACCUUCGAGGAGGAUUCGCAGCCCAACGAUGAGGUGGUGCCGUACAGCGACGAUGAAACGGAGGAUGAGUUGGAUGGUCAGCAGUCUGGAGCUGAACCAGGACCAAAGCAAACCAGCAGRGAUGCUGAGGAGAGCCGAGAUGCCACCAAAAAAGACUGCAGCUGGCAAGUUAAAGCAAACGAUCAGCGCUUCUAUGACCAGCCAGGCUUUAAGAGAACAAUCUUCCUGUGCUUCAAAAAGAGCAAAUAUUCUGGAAAUGCAAUUAAGACUUACAAGUACAACCCCAUCACUUUUUUACCUCUGAAUCUGUUUGAGCAGUUUAAGAGAGCAGCCAACUUCUAUUUCCUUGUUCUUCUCAUAUUGCAGUCGAUUCCCCAAAUAACUACGCUGUCAUGGUACACAACACUGGUGCCCUUGCUCUUGGUGCUGGGAAUAACUGCAGUCAAAGACCUGGUGGAUGACAUUGCUCGUCACAGGAUGGACAAUGAGGUCAAUAACAGGACAUGUGAGGUCAUCAAAGAUGGAAGGUUCAAAAACACAAAAUGGAAAGAUAUUAAAGUUGGUGAUAUCAUUCGUCUGAAGAAAAAUACUUUCAUUCCUGCUGAUAUUUUGCUGCUGUCCAGCUCAGAACCAAACAGUCUGUGCUACGUGGAAACGGCUGAACUGGAUGGUGAGACCAACUUAAAAUUCAAAAUGGCCCUAGAGGUGACACACAGAUACCUUCAGGAAGAAAGUGCCCUGGCAGACUUCGAUGGUCUGGUUGAAUGUGAAGAACCCAAUAACCGACUGGAUAAGUUCACAGGAACAUUAUCCUGGAGAAACUCAARUUAUCCCCUGGAUGCUGAUAAGAUUUUGUUGCGUGGAUGUAAGAUCAGGAAUACAGACUUCUGCCAUGGAAUGGUCAUAUUUGCAGGUGCUGACACAAAAAUAAUGAAGAAUAGUGGAAAGACAAGAUUUAAAAGGACAAAAAUCGACUCCCUUAUGAACUACAUGGUUUAUACUAUCAUCGUGGUCCUCAUCCUGCUGUCGGCUGGGCUGGCCAUUGGACACACCUACUGGGAGCAGCAGAUUGGCAACUCCUCCUGGUACCUGUACGAUGCUCAGGAUUACAGCCCKGCCUACCGGGGCUUCCUCAACUUCUGGGGCUACAUCAUCGUCCUCAACACCAUGGUCCCCAUCUCGCUCUACGUCAGUGUGGAGGUGAUUCGCUUUGGCCAGAGCUAUUUCAUCAACUGGGACCUGCAGAUGUACUACCCCGAGAARGACACGCCUGCCAAGGCCAGGACCACCACGCUCAACGAGCAGCUGGGCCAGAUCCAGUACAUCUUCUCUGACAAGACUGGAACCCUUACACAGAACAUCAUGACCUUUAAGAAGUGUUGCAUAAAUGGGCAGAGAUACGGAGAUUGCCGUGACGCAGCGGGGCAGCUCCAGAGCCACCCAGAGCAAGUGGAUUUCAGCUGGAAUGUGUACGCAGAUGGAAAGUUCUUAUUCUAUGAUCACUAUCUGAUAGAGCAAAUAAAAUCUGGAAAGGAGCCAGAAAUUCAGAAAUUCUUUUUUCUGCUUGCUAUUUGUCACACAGUCAUGGCUGACACUUCUGACGGUCAGCUCAAUUACCAGGCAGCUUCCCCGGACGAGGGGGCCCUGGUGACGGCCGCCCGGAACUUYGGCUACGUUUUCCUGUCCCGAACACAGAACACCAUCACCAUAAGUGAGAUGGGGGUCAAGAGGACCUACGAUGUCCUGGCCAUCCUGGAUUUCAACAGCGACAGGAAGAGGAUGUCUGUCAUUGUAAGAGAGUCCAGUGGCAAUAUCAGGCUGUAUUGCAAAGGGGCUGACACGGUGAUUUACGAGCGGCUGCACCCCAGGAAUCUAAAGAAAGAAGCCACAGAAGAGGCACUCGAUGUCUUUGCAAAUGAAACUCUCAGGACACUCUGCCUGUGCUAUAGAGACAUAAGCCAGGAUGAAUUUGAAGCRUGGAAUAAAAAGUUUAUGGAAGCCAGUUUAGCUACAAGUCACCGAGAUGAAGCUCUGGACAAAGUGUAUGAGGAAAUAGAAAAAAACUUGAUUCUGCUUGGUGCAACAGCUAUUGAAGAUAAACUACAGGAUGGAGUUCCAGAAACAAUCUCCAGACUCUCCAAAGCAGACAUUAAAAUCUGGGUGCUUACUGGUGAUAAAAAAGAAACUGCUGAAAAUAUUGGAUUUUCUUGUGAACUGUUAACAGAGGAAACAGCCAUCUGUUAUGGAGAAGACACCAGUGCUCUCCUUCAAACGAGGCUGGAAAACCAGAGGAACAGAGCAGGAUCCAGUCCCCAUUCCUCUCUCMGAAUGAAUGAGCCCUUCUUCCAGGGCAGCAGAGACCGGGCUCUGAUCAUCACUGGCUCCUGGCUGAAUGAAAUUUUGCUGGAGAAGAAAAAGAAGAAAAAAAAACUCAAACUGAAAUUCCCCAGAACAGCRGAAGAGAAGAAAAAGCAAAGUGAGAAGAGGAGAAGGGCCGAGGCCUACAAGGAGCAGCAGCAGAAGAACUUUGUUGAUCUGGCCUGCGAGUGCAGGGCUGUGAUCUGCUGCCGCGUGACGCCCAAGCAGAAGGCCAUGGUGGUGGAGCUGGUGAAGAARUACAAGAAGGCCAUCACCCUGGCCAUCGGGGAUGGGGCCAAUGACGUGAACAUGAUCAAAACUGCCCACAUUGGAGUUGGCAUCAGUGGCCAGGAGGGGAUGCAGGCUGUCAUGUCSAGUGACUACUCCUUCGGACAGUUCCGCUACCUGCAGCGGCUGCUGCUGGUCCACGGCCGCUGGUCCUACAUCAGGAUGUGCAAAUUUCUGAGAUAUUUCUUCUACAAAAACUUUGCCUUCACACUAGUCCACAUCUGGUACUCGUUCUUCAAUGGCUUCUCUGCCCAGACAGCCUAUGAGGACUGGUUCAUCACACUGUACAACGUGCUSUAUUCCAGUCUCCCGGUCCUGCUCGUUGGCCUGCUCGACCAGGACGUGAGUGACAAAUUGAGCCUUCGGUUCCCCAGACUUUAUAUUUUGGGWCAGAGAGAUUUACUUUUCAACUACAAGAAGUUCUUUUUAAGUUUACUGCAUGGAGCUGUAACUUCACUGAUCAUCUUUUUCAUCCCAUAUGGAGCCUACCUUAUAUCUAUGGGCCAAGAUGGAGAAGCCCCUGCAGAUUAUCAGUCCUUUGCCGUCACAGCAGCAUCCUCUCUGAUAUUUGUGGUCAAUUUUCAGAUUGGCCUGGAUACAUCUUACUGGACUUUUGUAAAUGCUUUUUCAGUAUUUGGGAGUAUUGCACUUUACUUUGGGAUCACAUUUGACUUCCACAGUGCUGGAAUCCAUGUUCUCUUCCCUUCUGGCUUUCAGUUCACAGGAACUGCACCRAAUGCUCUGCGACAGCCAUACCUCUGGCUUACCAUGAUUUUAUCCAUUGCUAUUUGCUUACUGCCAAUAGUGGCACARCGCUUCUUAUCCAUGACAAUCUGGCCUUUGGAAAGUGAUAAAAUCCAGAGGAACCGGCGGCAGUACCUGCUGGAAGAGCAGCAGUGGAAGCGGCGACAGAGCGCGUUCCGCCGCGGGGUCUCCGCCCGCCGCUCCGCCUACGCCUUCUCGCACCAGCGCGGCUACGCGGACCUGAUCGCCUCGGGGCGCAGCAUCCGCAAGCGGCGCGCCCCGCUGGACGCCGUGCUGAGCGGCACCGGCACCGGCWCCGGGGACACGCGGGACACCGGCUGAUGGGCUGCGUGUGCCCCAGGGAUUGCACAAAACUGUUCCCAACAAACUCAGGAUCUCAUAAAGAUGGGAAGAUGUUUAUGUCUUAUCACAGAAGUUUCCGGGUUUGGAUUCCUGGGAACACAGAAAGGCCAAGAGUUCUCCAAGGAGCUACUGUGUGACUGCUCUGUGAAGGAUAUACGUGCUGGGAAUGGAAACCCAGCAGUGUCAGUUUUUAACGAUGCCUGCAACUGAAGACUUUUCACUUUUCAAUACUACAUUGGUAUAAAACUGCAUCUACAUUUCAUAUUUAUCUUGGAAAGCAAUUUCCCGUGUGUGCUCCAUUUCAUGAACUGCUCAGACAUCAUGGCACAUGGGGUGCUCAGCCCUGGAGRGGGCUCUGGAUGCUCCCAUGGGAGUGGCACAGCUGAGCUGAGGACGUCUCUGGCGGUAAACUUCAGCCAGUGUCAGRUUGGAUUAGGAAUUAGGAUAGAUCUGAGCUCCGGAAGCUACCCCUGGAUCUGGCACAACCAUUCAUUUCAGUUUUGGCUAAAGCCAGUGAUGGAUUACUGGAAAUCAGUCACUUUUAUUGGAACGUAUUCCACUUUCUGGUGCCUCAAUUCUUACAGUGUAAAAACUGUUUUUAUGAGUCUCUUUACGUUUGCACAUUCUUUACUCAAGUUGAUAUGUUUGAAUGUUUCACUUAUUAUCUACUUCCCCCUCCCGAACUAAAGUUAAGUACUGAAAUAGUUUUAUAAUAAAAUUUAUGACCUACAGCUUUCGCUCAAUGGAAUGUACAUUUCAAAAGUGUAAUGCAAAUAAAUAUCCUAAAGUUUACGAGUCCGGAU